CGGUUCUUCCGGGAGCCCGUCCUGCGGUCUACCCUCCCCGAAGGAGCUGGGACUUUGGCCGUGGGUUCCGCCGCCUCCGGAGCCCUCGAAGCCCUGGGUCCAGCCGCGGUGAUAUGGGCGGGGGCGGCGGCAGGCCUCCCGCGCAGCCGCGAUGCUGAGCUCCCGGGCCGAGGCGGCGAUGACCGCGGCGGACAGGGCCAUCCAGCGCUUCCUGCGGACCGGGGCGGCGGUCAGAUACAAAGUCAUGAAGAACUGGGGUGUUAUAGGUGGAAUUGCUGCUGCCCUGGCAGCAGGAAUAUAUGUUAUUUGGGGCCCCAUUACGGAGAGAAAGAAGAGGAGAAAAGGGCUUGUGCCUGGCCUUGUCAACUUGGGGAACACCUGCUUCAUGAACUCUCUGCUGCAAGGCUUGUCAGCCUGCCCCACUUUCAUCAAGUGGCUGGAAGAAUUCACCACCCAGUACACCAGGGAUCAGAAGGAGCCCCCCCAGCACCAGUACUUAUCCUUGACCCUGUUGCACCUCCUGAAAGCUUUAUCCUGCCAGGAAGUCACUGACGAGGAGGUCUUGGAUGCAAGCUGCUUGUUGGACGUCUUAAGAAUGUACAGAUGGCAGAUCUCGUCGUUUGAAGAACAGGAUGCUCACGAGUUGUUCCACGUCAUCACCUCGUCCCUGGAGGAUGAGCGGGACCACCAGCCCCGGGUCACUCAUUUGUUUGACGUGCACUCCCUGGAGCAACAGCCAGAAAUUACUCCCAGACAGAUAACCUGCCGCACCAGAGGGUCACCUCAUCCCAUGUUCAAUCACUGGAAGUCUCAGCAUCCUUUUCAUGGAAGACUUACGAGUAACAUGGUCUGCAAACACUGUGAGCACCAGAGCCCUGUUCGAUUUGAUACCUUUGAUAGCCUUUCACUAAGUAUUCCAGCUGCCACAUGGGGUCAUCCACUGACCCUGGACCACUGCCUUCACCACUUCAUCUCGUCGGAAUCAGUGCGAGAUGUCGUAUGUGACAACUGUACGAAGAUUGAAGCAAAAGGGACGCUGAAUGGGGAGAAGGUGGAACAUCAGAGGACCACGUUUGUCAAACAGCUGAAACUAGGGAAGCUCCCCCAGUGCCUGUGCAUCCACCUCCAGCGGCUGAGCUGGUCUAGCCACGGCACGCCCCUGAAGCGGCACGAGCAUGUGCAGUUCAGUGAGUUCCUGAUGAUGGAUAUCUACAAAUAUCACCUCCUUGGACACAAGCCGGGGCCCCGGGGCCCGACCUGCAGGAAGGCAGGGCCCGCAUUGGAAGUGCAGGACGGGCCGGCAGCCCCUAAGUCAGUUCGGAGCCAGCCGGGGGGCCCCAAAACACAGAUGCUCAUGAAUGGCGCCUGUUCCCCACCGUUCCUGCCCACCCUGCCAGCCCCGGUGCCCUUCCCACUCCCAGCUGUUCCUGACCACAGCUCCUCCGCGUACCUCUUCCAGCUGAUGGCUGUUGUUGUUCACCAUGGAGACAUGCAUUCUGGACACUUUGUGACUUACCGACGGUCCCCUCCUUCAGCCAAGAACCCUCUCUCCACCAGCAACCAGUGGCUGUGGAUUUCUGAUGACACUGUCCGCAAGGCCAGCCUGCAGGAGGUCCUGUCCUCCAGUGCCUACCUGCUGUUUUACGAGCGCGUCCUUUCCAAGAUGCAGCACCAGAAUCGGGAGUACAAGUCUGAAGAAUGACUCUGCCCUGGCCCCAAAGCAAGAGCUGAUGGCACUGUCCAAACUCUGUGUGUGUGUAUGUGUGUGUGUGUGUGUGUGUGUGUGCGCGCGCGCGCACAAGCAGCCCCACUAGAGUCCUACAGCCUUCUGGUGUGUUCUAAGCGCAGCGGUGCCGGGGUAGGAAAGCAGGCAUUAUGUCUAGAGCGUCUUGUGACUCACCUGAUACAGGUAAUUAAAAGAAACCAGACUCCGAAAGCCACUUUUUCUAUAUUCUGAUACGUUAGGUGUUCUCAGAGGGGAGUUAACUUUGUGUGAUCCUCUGAGCUUUCAGCAUAGAUCUUUUAUUUUUAAUAAGCAGGCCCAUUAAAAAAUGGUUGAAUUAGUGAAGUUAUUAAAGGCAACAGUUUCAAAGAAAAAGUGCCUUUCACUUUCAAUUGCUUUUGUUAGCAGGUCCCUUCUGGAAAAUACACCUCAUCUGAGCGUCAUAUAAACAAUUUUUGAAAAGCUCUGUUCCUUCCGAAGUUACCGAGUGGAUAGCAAAAGAACAGUUGAAAGCUGCCUAAAGCAUACCGCCUUCUCCUUUUGUAUGUCUUUUUCUAACCUUUCGAUUCUUUAUAUGUAGUAAAAGCUCAUUUGCCAAAUCUGCCCCUUGGGGAAAUUAUUUCUCUACUUUGUCAGUUACAAGUGAACCACUUUCUUGUCGCUGUUAUCUUUUGUAUACUGGACUCCGAGAUGUGAUUCUCGUGUAUUAUAUAACUGUGUGAACAGCUGGAACUCAGCAGCCUCUAUGCCCCACCUAGGACUCCUCUGCUCUGUACAAAACCCCUUCUCACACAGAGAUCCUUAGUGGAUGUUAUUCUCACCUAUUUAUUUAUCGCCUGUGCAGAGCUCUGAAGGUUUAUAGGUGGAGCCAGAGGCUGGGUAGAAAAGACAAUCCAAGCCUCCAUUUGAGAGCUGGAUUCAGAAGGAACGACAUCGACCUUGGGGCUGCUGUCUCCCUGUACCUCCGUUUCCUCAUCUGUGAAGUUAGAUUCGAUGACCAUCAAAGUCCAGCCCUUCCCACAAAACAGAAGAAGUUAAAAAACCCAUUUUAAACAUACAGCUACAGCUCAUCUCUAGUACUGUCAUUCUGUUCUAGGUCCACAUUCUAAAUGUAUUCAUUUCCAGCAGCCGCAUACAAAAGAUUCUGUUGAGCAUUCACCUCCCUCUUCAGGUAAGUCUCAUGAAUGCAACCUGGGGCCGAAGGAAUUAAGAUAACACAGCAGUAUCAACGUUUUAGAUAGAUUUUUUUAUUUAAGCAAUUUUUAAAAAGAUACCAAAUUCAGACUGACUCUUCAGAGAUAACAUUUCGGAAUCAGACCCAUCCAAAAGGUCACCUAAGGUGAGGCUAAGAACUGUGCUUCCCCUGGUGGGGGGCGAGCUGGCUGACACCUCCAGACCGUGCCUUGGUGUCAGCUAGAAGCGCCAGCGGCCCAGGUGAUCACCACUCUGACAGGCGGGCGUGCACCCCAGGGACUCAAAACUCUCACUGCCCAGAAAACAGACUGUGAAGGUCCCCCAGGCCACAAACACUGGGGAGAAAGGAGCCGCGGGAAGCUUCUGAUCUGCUCGCUGCAGACAUCCCUUCCUGACUCUGUUACAGACCCCUGGCUUUGACGCUGAAAGGAGCGUCCUCAGCACACCUGAGUCUGGGAGAACAAAUGCUCAGUCGUGUGGCCUUUGACUUCGCAGAGCUGUAGCUUUGAGCACUGCUGUUCUGCCACUGCUUACUCUUUAAAAUCUGCCAUUAAAGAGAGAUGCUGACAUCAACAGGGCUCAUCCUUUGAACGCUUAGUUGUAAGCAGAUCUUUGGUCAGAGUCAGGGAGUGAGCCACGGUUGUAAAUGUGAAUGAUACCUGUGCAAAGUCUCUGAACCUGACUUAAAGCUGACUUGGUCAUUUUGUAAAUUAUCAGGCAUUAAGUAGCAGCCAAAUAAUCUUAUUUCCAGUUUUAACUUAUUUACAGAGUUACUUUUCUUUGCAAAAAUCUAAGUUAAACUAGUCCUUUAUGCCGACAAACUGCUGAUUUAUGUAUUUGCUAAGGUACCUUUUGUACCUGCUGUGUAUUAUAGCAAUAAAAUAAUCAUUUUGUUAGGAAAAAAAAA